AUGGAUGACAAGAGAAAGGAGCUAAAGAGGCUGUUUUUCCCAAGGGCGACUAUUGCAGAACAAAACUCAGGCAAGAAUGGGACGGUGCUGGGACGGAGUCAGUUCUCAGGAUUCAACCUUACAGCACUAAAGGCUGUCACCGUGCAGAGAGGUCUCUGCGUUCACAUUCCUUGCAACUUCACUUAUCCCACUCAGUCCUCAACCACUUCUGAGGAUCCAUGUUCGGAUAAAUUAUAUGUCUACUGGAUUAAGAAGGAUGGUGCUGAGUCCCCUAUUCGCAACACCUGGCAGUCUGGUAGUGUUGUUGCCAGUAGUGACAAGGAUCAACGCAUUGCCUCAUUUGCUUGGAAUCGUUUCCAGUUGACUGGAAACCCAGCAGAAGGUGACUGCUCCUUUAGCAUCAAUGAUGCUCAGUUUCAGGAUGCAGGGCAGUACUAUUUUCGAAUUGAGAAAGGACAGAUCUUAAAAUUCAGCUAUCGUGAUUUUGAUACAUUUGAUACACUGCCUUAUGUUUCUGUGACAGAGCUGGCAGAGAAGCCAAAGAUCCUGAACUCAUCGGAGGUGGUUUGGGGGAAGAGUGUCACCCUCAUCUGCCAGGCGCCAGGGACUUGCCCAUGGAAAGAAUCAAGGAGCCAGCCUGAAAUCUCAUGGAGUACUCCUUUGCAAGGAACAAGAACUGCACAGAACCAUCAGCACAGCAAUGGGAGCUGGACCUUUGCUUCUGGCUUCACCUUCACACGCACUCUUCAGGCUCAAGGCAAAUCCCUCACUUGCCGUGUCACAUAUCCUGCAGUUUGGAGAACAGUUGAGAAUACAAUCUCUGUUGAAGUGAUCUCUCCUUUCAUGCUCCCCUCACUGUUUUCUUAUGUUUCAGACCCACCUCAGGACAUCAGAAUCACAAGGUCUGGACACCCUGAUUUUUCCACACAGGAAGAAAAGCUGGUGGUCCGAGAAGGUGACACUGUCAGCCUGCUUUGUGACACUCAGGGCAAACCUAUUCCCUCCGUGACAUGGAUGAAGAACAACAAGACCCUAAACAACCAUAUGCAGGGCAGUAAAAAAACUCUUCAACUGUCCAACAUUAAAUCAGAGGAUGCUGGGAUGUAUCAAUGUCAGGCAGAGAAUCCACAUGGCUCUAUCAGGAAGAAUCUUUCAGUGAUUGUGCAAUAUGCCCCCAAGCUCAGCAAAAAAACCCAGAAAAACACUACCUGUUGGCGUAAGGACAAUGACAUCCUCUGCAACUGUUCCCUGCACUCCAAGCCUCCACCUCGGAUCCAUUGGCAAGUGGGCGGGAUGACUGUAGCUGAGAACAGCAGCACGGCAAACCUGAAAGUCUCUUCCUCAGUCCAGGAGAAUGAGGUCACCAGCUCCCUAAUUUGGACAGGUAGCCCGGAUGGCGACCUCAGCAUCAUCUGUCUUGGGAGCAAUUCUCUGGGAACCUACACCAUGCAAUUCCUCCUUAGUUCCUUGAAAACAGGUGAGAGUCCACCAGACUGAAAAAUCCUGACUUUUG